CUCUAUCCUGUGACGGCUUUUUUGUUAUAAAACGGGUGGAGAAACAGCUGUGAAUAGUCACCCAGCUCGUUCUAUCAAGCUUUCGACUUUAGCAUGUCAAACCAUCCCCAAACGCCCGAACCUCGUCGAGCUCAGAUCACUGUAGCGAAUGGGAUAGCCUUGGGCGAUACCGUUCAGCUGCUGCAGGACGUCGACCUCAUGUCCGCGCAGAAGCCCUUCACAAAGGUGCCGAAGGGCACCUUGUGCACCGUGUACCGCAUUGCCAAAGACUCAAGUCAAUCGACUCCCGCGCUCAAAGUGGACGGGGAGAAGUUCCACUUUUCCCUGAAAUGCAAGCUCACCACAAUCACCGAUGACUGGGCCAGCAACACCGGGCAAGUCAGCAGUACAAAGCACUUCAUCAGCCAAAAGGAUAUCUGCAAUCUCAAUGGCUCCCCUGUCAUUGGGCCAAUCGAAGAUUACAGAGUCUUUUAUAAGCUCAAGCAAGAUAGCGAAUUCUUUUAUCGCCCAACCGACGCUCCUCAGAGCAAGUUGGCCAAAGAGGUCUUGAAGAGCGGGACCAAGGUUCGGAUCAUUUCAAUUAGCGAGAGUUUUGCCAAUAGGGCGAAGAAACUUGGAAACAACAGUCUGAAUGCUUACGUGUUCACCUACUGGCGCACCAAAGUCCCUUUCACUGCUGAGGUCACUUUGCCUCAUGCUUUGUCCGAAGAGGGAAAUUUCAAGGCGGUUCCUGCGAGCAAGCAGUGAACAGUUCCAAGCUAUUUUUGAUAAGCAUUACUUAUCAAUAGAUACUGGGAAUAAGUACAUACAAUCGCAUACGCUGUGUCUGUUCAAGAAAAUUGUCGAUGUCCGGA